AUGCAACUUGUAUUAGACUCCACAUUAUACCGUGUUCUUUUUCAGUAUAAUGCGGCUAGAACAUAUACAUUAGGACUAUCUUUAUUUGUGGCAAAUAAUGGUAUUUUGACAAUGGAUCUUAGGCAUGAACAGGUCUUUAUCCUAUAUAAUUAUCUCCUUGAACUUUUGAAUAUUAUCACUAUCUUGAAUACAAUCAUGAGAUUAGUAUUACUUUUACUCGCUUCAAGCAUAAACUUUGGUAUUAGCCAUGCGUCUUUUGAAAAGCGUCAGAGUGUUCAGCCAAUUCCUAUACCUGGCCCUAAUCCAGGAAAUCGACCAGUUAGCCCGAUUUUAGAAUCCUCCGCUGUCACUUAUUUAAACUUUGAUGAAAAUACAAAGGCUACCAUGAUUUUCUGGCAACUUCAAGAUUAUAUUGAAUACGAUUUUUAUAUAGAGGUUUCUAAAUCUGAUGGGGCAUGUAUAUCAUGGGAUGCGAGAUUCAUUAAAGAAGGCGAUGGAUCACCUUUGUCUUGUGAAUCCAUGAAAAGUGUGGAAUGUGAAACGAGUAUUAGUCUCGAUGUGUGCAGAGUGGGACCUACUGGGUUUGGCAAAUGUAGUUCUCCGAUCGGAAAAACAGGUAUUGACCUCAAGGUUUACUAUGAUCAACGUCGAAUCCGUAUUGAUUCCGGAAGGUCCACUGAAUUUAAUCUACACCCCGGAGAUCCCCUUAGUAUUGCUGGACUUUCUAUUGUUGCUGCGUAUUCGCCCAAGGACAACUCUUCCCAGAAACUAGCUUGUGGAAUUGUCCAGCUUGGACAAGGCACAUUCGGAAAUUUUACAAUUGGGACAUCAGAAUCUGAAAACCCGGAAGCCCCUGAAAACUCUGAUGUUUCUGGUACCACAAAUGAUGGGAGAGUUAAUAAUAUCACUGGAAUUACCAGUGUUCUCUUGCUAGUUGCAAUGUUAUAUUAUGUUGAGUUUUAG